CUAGCGCACGUGAUUCUAAGAAUUUGCUGGUUGAUCAAAUUAAUCAGGUUAGUAACAACUGGAAAACCUACAGGAGGGUAGCUCUCCAGCAACAGGGUUGGAGAACCCUGGUAUGGGCAGUGCAGUGGAUACAUAAUAUUGGACAAAGCUACCGCCCCUUGUAAAUGUGGGAUUUAGCUGAUGGGGAACUUAACGUAAGCCUGGAAAUGUUUUAUUUCUGAACAAAGUGCUUGCUAGCCGUAGCAUUGGGUUGUUGUCACCACACUGAUGUAUAUAUGAACGGUUGUCACACUGAGUCAACUGCAUCCCCACCGUUGAUCAUGAAAUAUACUAUUAUUUUUACAGCUACAAAGUGCCAACAUCACCCCCUUUGGCCACCCUGGCGUUUCCUUGUUUUGAUGGCUGUUAUCUUCCCAAGCAAGAAAAUGAAUUUGUUCACACAGUCCUGCACGAACUGGAUGCUUACCAACAGAGAGGAAAACAGAAAAGGUAAGCUGCCAUUUCCUGCAUUCUGUCACAAUCAUAAAUUGAGGGCUUGUACUUUUUUUGUGGGACACAUUCCCUGUCCAUGCCAUUUCACGUUAAUUGCCAAUGGCAUUUAGCAACGUGUCACAGACAUAAUGUACCUACAGAUCAUAAUGUACCUACAGGUGAUCAAAGUCUAUCUGUGAGUUGAUGUCAUCAAAGACACUUAUUGGAUGUCCCCCUAAAAAAAAAAAUGAAAAAAAAUGGAGGCACUCAAUAACUGUAAGUCGCUCUGGAUAAGAGCGUCUGCUAAAUGACUAAAAUGUAAAUGUAAAUGUAAUAAGCUUUGGCUUGAGUGUUGUCCCCUCCCUCCCCAGUGCCCUACUCUUCCCCCCUCUAUCAAGCAGACUUCGCUACCUGAUUCACAAAACCACUGAGAACCACCGUAACCUCGCCACCUUCUCCGUGGGGGAGGGCUGGAGACGUAGGGUAGUUGUCUGCUACUCUCACCUCAGGUAGAGCACACACAACAAGGUCUUACAUUCAGGUCUGCCUUGUACCAUAAGUAUUCUGACCUCAAUGGGACUUCCUGGAUAAACAACUGGUAAAUACAAAUUCAUAUGCCAUAUUAUAAGGUCACAGUGUACAUUAAAUUGAUCAAGUCUGGCUGCCAAAGUAGUUCUAAAGUAACUACAUGGUAUAGGGGCAUCUUAAUGUGAAUUAUUGCCCAUUAUUUCACAGCGUUACAUGGUGACUUUAGUAUGGUGUGUUGUCUGUGCCAGGCUGGAUCUGGGGGAAGAAAGCGACACAGACAGUAACACCAGUUUCUACGAUGAGGCUCCCAGGAGAGUUAUGGGGAUGCAGAGCAGCAGAACGGACCCCCAGCCCAGACCCAACCCCCUGACCCGGCGGAGCGGGGGUAACACCAAACGUCCUGACAAGGCCAUUUACGUCCCCAGGGCGGCUAGGGACAGGCAACGGGACAGCGGCAGUUCCCUCCACGGACCACCAGCAGGGGUGGACCUCGACCUGCCCCUGCCCACUCUCAGCUUCAACACCUCGGGCUGCACCUCCACCUCAGAGUCCUGCUCCUGCUGCUCCUCAGACACCCCGGAGGGAACGCCGUCAGAAACACAGGCCAACACCAACCAGGACAGUUUGCCUUCUAGCACCACCACCUCUAGCGCUGGGCAGGAGGACGACUUCAUUCGCUUCUCUGUAGAGGAGCCCUGCCCCUGGCCCCCCGCCUGGGACCAGACUGUGUCCUACUUCAUGGCCAUGACCCUGGAGGACCAGACUAAGGAAGACCAGGAGGAGGAGGAACAUGUAGCAGAGGAGGUGCUGAUGGAGGAGUCUGUGGGCAGUAGCAAUGUGACAUCCCACCAACACCAUGCCUCUCAUACAACACCAGCCAAGGAUGCUGCUAGCAAUGCUGCUGAUUUUAGCCAAGAGGUACAGUGUGGUGAAGUUCAGACUAAUUCCAUAACAAUGGAGUGGGGGGGUUGAUCUAUGGGGAUUAUAUAAUUUCUGUUCAUUUCUUCAAAUUACUUCAAUUAUGAGACUAAUAUUUUUGUUUUUGUAAAUCCAUUUGAAAAUGGAACAAAUGACCAUGACAUUUUGGAUUGUCCUCAAGUUAAAUAGACUAUAUAUUUUCAGGUAUAAGCUAGCCUUUCGGUCCUAUAGUGUGAAUCAGGCAUCAGUUUUAAAGGGAAUGGGGCAUUGUGUUACUCUGUGGUGUGGGGGGUGUCCACAGUUCUUACUGUAUAGGCUAUAUUUCACAUUUGUAUAUGUAAAGGGAUUACUGAGAAACACUUAAUUGGGAUAGGUUGUUAUAUCUGUCAAUAACUGGUUUAAUUUCUCGUCAGAUCAAGGCCCACUUGACAGAGACUGACGUGGCCAUCGAACACGCCCACAACGACUACUCUUGUUUUGAGAACGUGUGGAUCAACCAGGACGAAUUUGCCCACGUCAUCGAGAUCUACGACUUCCCGGCCAUGUUCAAAACAGGCGACCUGCUGGAUGCCUUUGCAGACCACAGGUAAACGCCUCCGAGUAGGGUGAUGUUUCCCCUAGACGCUGAUCUUGGAUCAGUUUAACUUUUUUCCCACUGAUGGUUAGGAUUGGGGGAGGGGAAGCUGAUCCUAGAUCUGUACAUAGGGAAAACUUUGCCUUGCAGCACAGGUGAAAGCCUCCCAAUGCCUCUCAUUAAAGCCCACAGCACACUCAUAAGGGCUGUCUAACUCUCCCAGUCUUGUCUCUGUCUGUCUUCCAGCGACGAAGGCAUGAAGAUUAAGUGGGUGGACAACACUCACGCCCUGGGCGUGUUCUCCAGUCAAUCUGCAGGUAUGGUUUUUGAGUAUAUCUAUUUUUUCAUAUUUUGAGGGAUAUUUAAGUCCCAAGAUGAGUCACGAGUUUCUUUUGGCACAUUGGAGUUGGUUGUGUGGCCUACUGGCCUUAGGUGAGGGGAAGUUGGUGUUCUUUCUAAUGACAUCAGAGAUGAGUCUUUGAAUCAACCCUGUGUUUGUGUUUAGCCCUCCAUGCGCUUUCCAUUCAGCACCCUCUCCUGAAGACACGCACUCUGUCUGACGGGAGCAAGCAGGCAAAAGGGAAAGCCAUAAGACGUGCCGGUAUUGUCCUUGUCUUGUUACCUCUCUAUACAGUAGCACUAAGAAACAAGAAUUUAAAUGAAGUGGUAUCUGCUAUCUGGGUAAAUAAUGUUUUCAUUGUAAGUAACUAUAACUUGUUGGUCCCAUACUAUUAGCGUGUUCUUAUCUCUUUAUUCCAUACUCUAAUAUAAAAUGCUUCUGUAUUUCCCAGAGUUUAUCCAGCCGGUGAAGGAGAGGCCACGGACAGACUCUGCGGUGGCCCGCAGAAUGGUAUCCAGAGCCCUGGGACUGCAGAGAGGUGGAGCGCCCUCACAACGUUUCUGACCGCUACAGCAGGUGAGAUGGCCGUUUAACGUAGACUCAGAAAUACACAAAGUAAACCACAGUAUUGGGAUGACGAAACUACCGGGCCUCACUCUGAAAUGUCUUUGGUUCACGUUGCUGCUUGUGAUCACUGCAUAGUGCUGAGUCUCAGUUUAAGAAAUCAAUACAAGAACAUGUCAUGGUUUGCUUGUUUUAUUCUUUUUUAUUACAGAAAACAUGCAAGCACAAAAUUAUUUUCCACAUUCAACUGUAUACAGUACAGGACAAUCACCCAUCUAGUAAAGUCCCGUGUAGCUCAGUUGGUAGAGCAUGGUGUUUUUUAACGCCAGGGUUGUGGGUUCGAUUCCCACGGGGGGCCAGUAUGAAAAUGUAUGCACUCACUAACUGUAAGUCGCUCUGGAUAAGAGCGUCUGCUAAAUGACUAAAAUGUAAAUGUAAAGAGCACCCUUGUCAAAUGAAGGGCCCUGUAGUUGCUGUAUCACAAACAUAGGACAAAAUGAUGCAAACAUUCAUUUUCACAGAUCAUUCGUGACGUAUACAAUCGAGAAAACAAACCGAUUUUAGAGUCCAUGAUGGUAAUAAUGUAAUAAAAUGGAUCUUUGAAAAAUGUACUAAACUGAGCGAAAUAUGCUGAUAAGACUAAAAUGUAUAUUUAUCUUAGGAUCCUAAGAUGAAAGGUUUUAAAUAUGUUCCCAGAGGUUAUAUAUUAAGUGAUGCAAGAUAUGUUAACUUGGGCAGAAUCAGAACACAAAUUGCAUGAAUAACUCACACCUUUACCUAAAUCAUGCAUUCAUGAAAAACAAAGUUGCUGUUAAGUGGUAGCUGUAUGGUUGUAAUAAUAUUGCCUUAUCCUUAGUGAAUACCAUACAGCAAGACAAAAAUGGGUUCUUCCUAUUUAUAUUUACAAUGGCUUCCUACCAAAUUGUCACAUCAUAGACUGGCAUGAAACUGCACUAAAUUGACAAAUAAUUUAUUUAAUCAGUUAAAGUAUAUUCUCAAUGGAAGUAAGACUCUUCUGCUACUUUCCCACCCACUUCAUAGUUGCAUAAUUUCCUGCUCAACACAAUAUACUUAAAAAAACAAAAAACAGUAAGAAACUGUCUCAAGGUGCAGCAGGUGUCAUGUCAAAUGUUUUUUUGUUUUGUUUUUUUUGUCCUUAUGGUGGACCAGAAGAGUUAGAUACAUAUAAAUAUGACGGAUUUGAUAGCACCAGCACUCCGCAGUACAUGUUACAGAAAUUAGUGAAAUCAGUAAAGACAGCGGUGCUUCUUCGUCUGCAACAUCCUUAUAUCAAACGUUGGCAUUGAGGUGUGAUAGGCUUUUCAAUUUUCAUCCAGCACCAAUAGGGAGGGAACACACAGUACAGCGCUCCCUCUAGUGGUUGGUAAUGUCACAACAGUCUUGCUGGUCAUUCCCGGUCUUUCUAUUGAGUCCAUCCACACUACCUGUGUCCCAGCUGGUUAUUCAUGAGGCCAGGGAAAGAGGAUUCCUCUGACUCAGAACUCAUCGAGCCACCUGAAGAGGAGAGAAGAACUGCACUCAUUCAAUAGUGGCCACAGUUUGAUAGCACCGGCUACACUGGUUGUCAAUAGAAAUUAGUCCAUAUAAUUACAAUGGUAAAAAAAUGUCUUCACAAGCCUUCUCUCUCUUUGAACUGAUUGUUUUCAUGAUCUUUUGCAGGAAUGUCAGGCUACAACUGGACUACACAACUACAGAUGUCCUUGCUAAUAAAUAACUGGCAGACCAUUGCUGUCCAAUGUAUUGUUCCUUUUCUCAAGUUCCCAUUGUUCAUUGUUGAUGCCAUUCACACUAUAGGGCCGACCCAAACCAUACAAUGCUGAC